GCGCGCCUGAUGGGCUGUCAGAUGCGACUCGGAGUAACAGGUGGAUCUGACUGCGGAUUCUCACCGUCAUCGCGCUUGGAAAAAAAAAAAACAAAUCCUGAGCAUCGCGCAGGUCCUGGACCAUGGACUCAGACACAAGCCGCGUGUCCAGCAGACCGUCCUCCCCGGAGGUGGACGACAUCUUCAUGUCCACCCUGAAGAAGUCCGUGCACGGCUUCUCGGGCGCCGUGUCCUCCACGCAGAGCGACUCCCCGUCGGAGAUCCCCGGUCUGCGCGGCCUCUCCGCCGCCGACGAGGAGGCUCUGGCGCUGCGCAUGGCGUCCAAAAAGGACCGCAAGCUGCUGUCGGAGAACGAGCUGCAGGCCAUCCGCCUGAAGAUCAACAGCCGAGAACGGAAGCGAAUGCACGACCUGAACGUGGCCAUGGACGGCCUGCGGGAGGUCAUGCCCUACGCGCACGGACCGUCGGUGCGCAAGCUCUCCAAAAUCGCCACCCUGCUCUUGGCGAGAAACUACAUCCUGAUGCUGAGCAACUCCCUGGAGGAGAUGAAGCGGCUGGUCAGUGAGAUCUACGGCAGCAGCGGGCACCACGGCGGCUUCCAUCCGUCGACUUGUGGGACUAUGACUCAUGCGGGGCCCGUGCCGGGACACCCGGCGGCUUCCCACGCCUCGCACCCGGCGGUGCACCACCCGCUCCUUCCCCCGCCCGCCGUCUCCACCGCCUCCCUUUCCGCUCCCGGGAUUUCCGCCGUCACGUCGGUCAGACCCCACCACGGACUCCUGAAGGCGCCCGCGGCUGGCGCGGGGCCCCUGGGCAGCAGCUUCCAGCACUGGGGCGUCGGCACCGGGAUGCCCUGUCCGUGCAGCAUGUGCCAAGUCCCGCCUCCGCAUGUGUCCAGCAUGAGCUCCGUGGCCAUGCCGAGGCUGGCAAGCGACUCCAAGUGACUCUGGUCUCAGCUGAACUUUUUUGUUGUUGUUUUUCCAAAUGGGGUUGUACAGACUUUGCUCCCUCAUCUCCACGCAUUUUAUUUAUCUCUGUUGCUGAAUCCUCCGCAUUACUGAGACCUCGAACCAAUGCAUUGAUUUGUUUUUCCUCCUCGGGAUUUUGCAGAUUUUUGGAAACUAACUUAGUGUUUUAUUGUAAUUAAUCUCAAACGUGACGGAUAGUUUACGCACAGAGCUCCAAAAACCUCUAGGGCCCAUCAUUAGAUAUUCUCCCAAGUUAAUGGCAACAAGUUUCUAAGUGUAAAUAUGUAGAUGGAUUAUUGUCUUUAAAUAGCUGCAGAUGUUAUAUAUUAGAGUCUCGUCUGUUUCCUUCCAUGUUGCACCUGCUUCAUUCAUUUUAUCCGUCUUUGUUCAACGCUUUUCUCUCCACUUGCCCGACUUAACCAACGACCACUUGUUUAUUUUUUUAAAUGUAAAAAAAAGAAAAAAGCAAAACAAAACAAAAAAAACAUAAUAAAUGGAAAUAUUUAUU